AUGACUCUUUCUUUCAUCGAGGCUUGCGAUCAGCUGGACAUCAAGAUCAGGGAGAUGAUUCGUAGGAGCAAGGCCGCAACAGUCGGGUCCAAUGCUGACAGCGAAAUGAUAUCCAUGAUCGACAAGAUGAUCAGCCAGCACAACAAGUCACUUGCCAAACUGAUGAGUUCUCAUGAGGAGCAACUGAAAUCUCUGUCGGCAAAAGUCACGUCCAGCCCAGACAGUCAGAGCGACGUGAACCUUCCCCAUCUCGAUCUGAAGUCAUUCAGUGGAGAGUACUCAGACUGGCCUGGUUUUUACCAGUUCUUCCGCACAACCAUUCACGAGAACAAGAAGCUCAAGGCCAUUCAAAAGUUUCAGUACCUCAUAAAAUCGCUCAACGGUGAGGCAUAUUCAGUGAUCCAAAACCUCACAGUCACUGACAAGGGAAGGAGGUUUGACAAACCAAAGAGCAUCAUCGAGGAAUAUUUCAACAGCUUCUUCUCACAGUCAGAGCUUAAAACGGCAGAUGUAGCUAAACUUCGGAAGAUUCACAGCGUUUACGAAGGCGCAAUUCAAGGAGCAGAAAACAUGGGUGCAACCACAAAGGAUGCAUGGUUGGUGCACUUCGCCUCACUGACGUUGGAUCCCGACACAAGGGAGUUAUGGUCACGUGAGCCCACAGAAGGAAUCCUACCAACAUGGAAAGAAUUCAGCGACUUCUUGUCAAGGCGUUGUGAUUCAUUGGAAGCGUACUCAAAGAAAAACGAUCAAAGCUCAACAUCUCAGCCAGCUCAGAAGAAACCUGUUGGUUCCAAAGUCUCUUCAAACAAACCACAGAAACAGUCAACAUUCAUCAAUACAGCCACAGAAACAUGCGGAAUUUGUUCAGAGGGAUCUCAUCCAGCUUGGAAAUGCGACAGGUUCCUGGCACAAUCGCCAGCACAGAAGCUGGACACGCUACGCAGGCUCAGGAUGUGUAUCAACUGUCUAAGUUCCAACCACACCAAUUGUGCUCGCGGUUCAUGCAAGGUUUGCCGUCAGCAGCACAACUCAUUGGUCCAUGAUGCCUUCAAACAGAAAGUAUCAUCGGCGACCAAACCCACAUCAGUGGACAAACCGGCGACAUCAGCAGCGUCCGGAAACUCAGCAUCCUUGGACACAGUGGACACGUACAUCCCUGGCUCCUCAUCCAGCGGAAUCCAGCGAACGUUCCUCACCAGGGUUGCCAAGAGCACACUUCUCCCAACUGUCCAGGUCCUCGCCAAGGGGGCUAACGGGAAACUCUACAAAGGUCGGGCACUCUUGGACGCAUGCAGCCAAGUCAAUUUUGCCUCAGCACGAUUUGUAGAUCAACUCAAACUCCCGAAGACAAGUGAGAGAAAUCAUACAGUCUCAAGCAUCAACGGUGUUUCAACAUGCAUCAAAAGCACCACAGACAUCAACAUCUCAUCGACCGAUCAGCAGUUCCAGAUGGCCGCCAACUUCAUGGUUAUCAACAAGAUUGUAGAUGAGAUGCCCGUGGAUUUUGUAGAGCUUGACUGGCAAAUUCCCGAGCACAUUACAUUGGCCGAUCCCGAGUUCAUGUAUCCUGGCAGAAUUGAUCUGCUCCUUGGUGCGGAUUUCGACGCAAGAGCGAGGCGCUCAGGGCAUUUGCAGGACAAUUCACCAGCCUUGCUGGAAACAGCAUUUGGAUGGGUCGUUCAAGGCGCGUGGAAUCAAACAGAAGGCUCUCAGGUCAGCACUUUUCUCAACAUCUCCUCAGUCACACUGGACAAGUCCCUCACAAGAUUCUGGGAGAUUGAAGAGAAUUGUCAGCAGGAGUCCACAUCAAUGUCCUCUGAGGAACUCGAGUGUGAGAAGUACUUCUCCGACACCACCAAAAGGGACUCAGAAGGGCGAUAUAUUGUCCGUCUUCCUACUCGCAGCAAUGUGUCAGAGUUGGGAGACUCAAAGUUCGUAGCUCAGCAGCGAUUCAAACAGCUGGAAAGGAAGCUGCAGGCCAAUUCAGAGCUACGAACUCAUUACAUCAGUUUCAUGAACCAAUACCAGGAGUUGGGUCACAUGAGGGUACUCCCAGAUGACUACACGUCAUCCCGGUCAGAGUACUAUCUGCCACAUCAUGCAGUGGUCAGAAUGUCUUCUUCAUCAACUCCCGUUCGUGUCGUCUUUGACGCCAGCAGCAAGACAUCUUCAUCACUGUCACUCAAUUCCGUGCUCAAAGUGGGCCCUCGCAUUCAGGAGGACUUGUUCAACAUUUUGAUCCGGUACCGCCAGUACAACCAUGUGCUCAAGGCAGACAUACAGAAGAUGUUUAGACAGGUCAAGAUGCACGAAGACGAUCAAAAUCUCCAGCGAAUUUUGUGGCGAGAUAGUCCGGAAAAACCAUUACAGACUUUCCUACUGACUACAGUCACUUACGGCACAGCCAGUGCCCCAUACCUCUCCACACGAUGUAUGCAGCAGUUGGUAAUGGAUGACGGUGACAAAUUUCCUCAAGCCAAGGAGAUUGCACUCAAGGACUUUUACGUCGACGAUCUACUUACUGGCACACAAACAAUCGAGGAAGCUAUCAAUCUCCAGGAACAGCUAACUGCGCUUUUCAAAGGAGGAGGUUUUCCACUGAAGAAAUGGACUUCAAACAGACAGGAGGUCUUGGAGCACAUUCCACUAGAAGACAGAGAGACCCAAUCAGUCAUGGAUUUCAAUUCUGAAGGUGGUAUAAAGACUCUUGGGCUUCAGUGGCAUCCAUCAACAGACAUUUUCACAUUCUCAACCGCCUUCAAGGAUGGUGCUAUCACAAAACGUGCAGUGCUCUCAAACAUGUCUCGCAUUUUCGAUCCUCUCGGAUUGAUUUCACCAGUGACCAUCACCGCAAAAAUACUCAUGCAAAAAUUGUGGAAGGAAAAUCUGGAUUGGGACACGGAACUGCCUGACGAUUUGCGAGCCCAGUGGAUUGCCUAUGAGAAGGAUGUUCAACAUCUGUCACUCAUCUCCAUUCCAAGGAAGUUCACUGAAUUUGAGGACGUCAAGCAUCUUCAAUUGUACGCUUUUUCUGAUGCAUCUCAAAGGGCAUACUCAGCUUGCAUCUACGCCAGAACAAUCAAUCACCAGGGAGACAUCAGUUGUUACCUCAUUGCAGCCAAAACACGUGUCUCUCCACUCACAACAGUGACAAUACCACGACUUGAGCUGUGCGGAGCCGUACUCCUGGUCAGGCUACUUAAGAAAGUUCAAUCAUCCCUUACCAUGGAGGUCGAUGACAUUCGGGCUUUCACGGACUCAACAAUUGUCCUCCACUGGAUUUACGGGGACCUCAACAGAUGGAAGACAUUUGUCCGAAAUCGUGUCGCAGAGAUUCAAGGCAUCCUCCCAGCCUCUGCUUGGAGUCACGUGAGGUCAGAGGACAAUCCAGCUGAUCUCGCAUCCCGUGGCGUUAAGACAGAAGAGCUGCUUACCAACAAUUUCUGGUGGAAUGGCCCUCAAUGGAUUUGUGACGACAUCAACCCCCAAUUCAAUCAGCAAAUCAAUCCAGAAGACAUCCCAGAGGACGACACUGAGCAAGUAAAGGUAUGUGCACUCAUGAAUAUUGCUAACCCCUUUUGGAAUAUCAUUCCUAGAUACUCCUCUUUGACGAGGCUCAUGAGAGCUGUGGCGAUUCUCACAAGAUUCACCCAAUUCAUCCUGAACAAAUGCAAGAGGCCGUGCAAGAUCAACCGUGGUCCUCUCACCUCAGAAGAGCUGGCAACAGCCCAAGAAUCUAUCACCAAGGCAGUUCAGAUUCAGUCAUUUUCUGAGGACAUUCACCAUUUGACUCGCCACAAGGAGGUCUCGAAGAGUUCCAAAAUCCGCAAUCUCCAUCCCUUCCUGGACGAUAGAGGUCUUCUUCGUGUAGGAGGCAGGAUCGAGCGUGCCAGCACAACAUACGAUCACAAACACCCACUCUUGCUACCAUCCACUCAUCAUUUCACGGAUUUGGUGGCACGGGAAUUUCAUCAAAAAACACUCCAUGGAGGUCCUCACCUUCUCCUCAGCACGAUGAGAAUGCAGUUUUGGCCCAUCCAUGGAAUGACAGUGGCGAAGAGGAUCGUCAGGGAAUGUGUCAAAUGCUUCAGAGUGAAUCCCAGGGGCGUAGAACAGUUGAUGAGCAAUUGUCCAGAGAACAGAGUUUGUCAAUUCAGGGUCUUCACUCACACAGGGAUUGACUUUUGCGGCCCAUUCUACCUCAAGCCACUCACACGAAAGGGUGCCUCCCCCAAGGUGUACGUUUGUGUCUACAUUUGCCUCACAACCAGGGCUGUACAUCUGGAAAUGGUUGAGUCACUCACGACAGAUGCGUUCAUCGGGUCUUUGAAGCGAUUCACGGCAAGACGUGGGAUGCCACAACACAUUUAUUGCGACAACGCCACAAAUUUUGUUGGAGCCAGCCGUGAAUUGGAAGACCUCAAAAAACUGUUCUUUUCAGAACAACACCAGAAUUCUGUCAUCAAUGCCGCAUCGGAUCAGGGUAUCAGAUUCCAUUUCAUACCCCCCGCUAGCCCGUCAUUUGGAGGAUCAUGGGAAUCCUGUGUGAAACUCUUCAAGACACACUUCCGUAGAGUGGCUGGAGACACAAAACUCACUCAGGAGCAAAUGGUCACUGUGAUAGCUCAAAUUGAGGCAAUCAUCAAUUCAAGGCCUCUGACAGCUCUCUCAGAUGACCCAAAGGACUUCAGCGUGCUAACACCGGGUCAUUUUUUGAUCGGCGCCCCAUUGACAGCAAUUCCGGAGCCAAGUGUCAAUGACAUCCCAGCUGAUCGACUUGGAAAAUGGCAACAUUGCCAGCAAAUCGUCGAACAUUUUUGGAAGAGGUGGCACAAAGAAUACCUGCAUACAUUGCAGACCCGCAACAAGUGGAAGAACAUCACCCCUCCGGUAAAGAUCAACGAUUUGGUUCUCAUCAGGAACGAUCAGCUGCCUCCCCUCAAGUGGACAAUGGGCCGUGUAACCAACAUUCACCCGGGGGAAGACGGAUUAAUCAGAGUGGUAAGUCUGCAGACACCCCAUGGAAUCACUCAGCGUGCGCUGCCCAAGAUCUGCCCUUUGCCUAAGACGUCUUCAGAGAAUUCCAUGAAAUUGCCAGCAAUUUCACCCGGUCAGGAUGUUAAGGCGCCAAUGUCAAUUGACGCCAUCACAAGCGAGUGCGCGGCGAAAAGCUCGCUGUCAGUUAUUGAGCGCAAGUGA